CGAAAGAGGCCGAAAGCCUCCGGCACGCCGAGGGGCGCAGCGAGUUCGCCGAUAACAUUUCGGGGCUGAAUCAUAGAGACGCGGUCAGCUUGGCAGACGGUCAUUCAUUUAAGCCCCUGAUCGGCGCCCUUCGCGCAGCUCCACGCCGCAGAGAGCCUCCAGCAAGCCGGCCGCGAUGUUCCUCUGCAGAUCGGCUCGCCUGACCCUGCUCCCUUUGGCACGCAAGUCCCCGGCGGGUUUCUGUAGAAAUGUUGUUCCCCGAAGACCCAUGUCCUCCGGCGUGCCAGGGGGCAGCGGUGAGAACUUUGUGUACUUCGCGCUGUGUGGCGUCUCCCUCACUGCGGGCCUGGCCUAUGCAUACCGGACCGUGACCGAAGACCGCACUCGGUAUAACGACCGGGUCACUGAACUCCAAGCGAGGCCGAAGCAUGAAUGGCAGCCAAAACUGUGGCCGCCCAAAGGAGGAGAUGAUGCUGAAUCUGAGGCAGAAGAGGCAGGAGGAGAUGAAGGAGAAGAAACACCUGCUGAGGAGGCUGCAGCUGUCGAGGCUCCUCUAGAGGCUGCAGAUGGCUCAGAAGUGGUGGAGGCGGAGCCAGCAUUGGUAGAGGCGGAGCCAGUCUCUGUGGAAACUGUCAACGAGCCUUCAGGGGCAGAUCUGGAGGCGGCACUAGCAGAGGCCAUGGAGGAGGCACCAGCCUCUACUGAGAGCGAUGCGCGGACACCGGCCGUGCUCAGUGCCAUUGAAACAGUGUCAGAGGUGGAGGCAGCUGAGAGUGUUGGAAUGCCAGUUUCCUGUGUGGGUGUGGAGGCAGAAAUGUUGGAGGAUGUGGCUGGAGAGAUCAUGGAGGAGAAGGCUGAGGAACCGAAGCAGAAUCAGCUGGGAACAGCUACUGGGCCAGAAGCUAAUCGCAAGGAUUUAAUGGAGACGCAAGCCGUAAUGGGGGUUGUAUCAGAACGAGAGAGCGUUGUGUUAGCUGAUGAUACACCCACAGCGUCUACAGAAGCAGAUGAAGAGAAGUCUGUGGUGCUCCAGCUAGUACCAGAGGCUAAGGAAGCGUCAACAGAGUCAAUAGCAGAGAUGUCCUUGGUGGAGGAAACGGCCAGUACUGCAGCUAUAGAGGAGGAAUCAGUGGUUGGAGAACCUGUACCUUUUGAGGAACCGGCAGCUGACACAACAGCCAAAGGAUCUGAAGUCAAUGUGAAGGAGGCAGUAGAUACCACAGAAGUCAAAGAAUCUACCGCCGCUACUGUUGAAGACCCAGAAGUUUUCAUAUCCAAUGUGGAACCUAUAUCUACUUCUAAGAAGGAACCAGCACCUGACUCAACAGCUGAAGAACCAGUUGCAACUGUGGAGGAGGAAGCAGGAGAUGCAACAAAAGCCAAAGAUUCUGCAGCCACUGUUGUUGAAGAACCAGACGUUUUCUCAUCUGCUGAAGAACCUGCAUCAACUUAUGAGGAAGGACCAGCACCAGACUCAACAGCUGAAGGAUCGGAAGUCAGUGUGGAUUAUGAGAUGGUAGAUACAUCAGAAGCCAAAGAAUCUAUAGUCAUUGUGACUGAGGAACCAGUAGUUUUCACAUAUAAGGUGGAACCAGCACCUGACUCAUCAGCUGAAGGACCAUUAGCAACUUUGGAGGAGGAAGCAGGAAAUGGAACAGAAGCCAAAGAUUCUGCAGCUGCUGUUGUUGCAGAGUUAGAAAUGUUCUCCUCCACUGAAGAAGCUCUAUCUUCUGAGGAGGAAGAACCAGCGCCAGACUCAGCAGCUGAAGGACUAGUAGCCUCUCUUGAGGAAGAACCAGCAGAAGCUCCUACAGAAUCCAUUACAUUGAACGAAGUAAAAUCAGAGACUCUAGAUUCUUCUAUACAUCCACCAGAAAAUAUUCCAGAGAAUAAACCAGCAGCAGCAAGUCCAAUCAAUCUGACAGAAGAAACUUUAUCAUCAAAAGAUGAGUUUUCUCAAGUUGUGGAAGCUGAAAUAUCUCCAGAUGUGGAGGUGCAGAGUAAUCUUGAAGCCAUGAAGAGUGAGGCCAACCUAAUAAUGGAGGCAGCGGAAACUAAAGAUGAAGAUUGUCCCAUCGUGGAGAAUUCUAAGCCUGUCCUGAAUACAACAGUGCUGGCAGAAGAGGUGGCCCAGAAAGCCACAGAGAAGGUCCAGGCACAUCUUAUGGGAACGGAGACCGCGGAGCCCAAACGGACCCCUGCGAAGGAGUACAUAGUGGUUGUUCUAGAGGACGCACCUAAGGAACCGAAGAAACCAAAGGUCCUGCCGAUUGCUCCGAUAACCGCAAGUGUCCCUUCCCCAAAAGUUAAAGACCCUUAGGCAUCAGCUGAGGAUGUGAAUGUUUCUAGCUCCAGUUCAAAGUGGUGAUUAGAAGCUCUGCGCCGACAACACUGGCAUGCUGGGAAGAGAGUACCAACCCGCUUUUCCCAUUGGACGACGACAAUCGUUUUUCUCCGGGAUAAUGUCUCCCUUAUAAGUCUCCAUUUCCCAGACUCUCGCCAUUCCAUUCCUCUCCUGUAAUGACAAGACCACAGCCUGACGGGACCAGAGGUGCAGUUUUCUUGCUUAUUUCUGGGUUUGAUUACAUAUACAGGCAAUGGUCUCAAUCAGUUAAUUUCCCAUCAAAAACAAGAAGCUAGAAUGAACACGUUCCCAUAAGAUUAAACCCCAAAAGAAAGUCCCCUUCACGCUGCAAACGAAAGGUGUUUCAGACAUUUUAGGGACAGGGAACAACUGUCUCGGGCCUUUUAAGCAGAAAUCCAAUUUUUGAAAACCUAUUUUCUGCAGUAUUCCUGGUAUACAAUUCCACACCCAGAUAAGUCUUUCUUGAUUUUACAUGUGCCCAAACAACUAUGACAAUUAUUUGGAUCAUGGGGAUUCAGUGCAGUAUUAUUCUUAAGUACAGUAUUAUUAUUAUUAUUCUAAAUUCAGUACUUUUUUCCUACACAUAUAGCUCUAUUUAAGGAGAUACACUAGGAAGCACAUCCUGGUCACAUACUACCUCCACCUUUAGUUUUUAAUCCUGCACGAAUUCAAAAACUUUUCCAAGAUACUCCUCUGAGUAUUCCUACUUCCAGUAGUAUUUAAGGCCAAAGAAACCUAGGCUCACUUAAUCUAAUGGGAACAUAAACUGCAGGAAAUAAUGCAAGAACACAAGAAUACUUCUUCCUAAGCAGCAUUCUGUUCUGAUGUGCUCCUGUGUAUUAUGAUUUAUAAUGUUACAUCGCAUGGAUAAUAAUCCUAUAAUUCCUGUGCUGUAGGUUUCGUUUGGAACUGGAUUUUUAUAAUAAUGUUUACAUAGAACAGACGUUACUGUUUUGUUUAAACUGUGAAAUAAUUCCCAUUGUAUAUCCAUGCCUGAGUCUUGGUGUAUCUGCC